UUAAAUGAAUGCGUUGCCAGACUGUGCAACUAAGUUUUAUUUUCCGAUCUUCACGUCUCAUUUUAGUGAACUUCGAGUGCAUGCAAAACAAGUAGAUUUUUCCGCGAAAAAGUGCCGGAAAGCCCCCAGAAUAGACAAAUUCGCAGACAUUGUGAUCAUAGUGUAGUGGUAGCUAAUAUUGAACGUGGAAACAGCUGUUUCCAUUCAACCACGUACUAAAUGGCCACACUGCGCAAGGUGGAAAUAGAAGAAGAAGGCCCACAAGUGUUUAUUUACAUUUUGCAAUGUCGAAUUCUGGCGGAGAUUUCCAGGUGGUGACGCGUAAGAAAUGGAUGGCGAGGAAGUGUCUUAGGCGGCGGGACCGCCACAAAUCCGAGAGCGACUAUCUGAACGAUUGUCCGGACGUAAAUGUUGAAAAAUUCCAACCGCGCCUGGAGCGCUUGUGCACGGAGAUGUGUCAAAGCGACUACUUCCUAGUUGCCAUGGAAGCGCUGCAGCAGCAGGUGGAAGCUCUGAAAAGACCGCUUAAGAGAAUUGUGUGUUUGGGUCUGGGACCCUUUUCCCGCACCCACCAGGCGCUCCAUCAGGCGGCCUUUGUGGUCAGUCUGCAACGGCAUUACAAGAUCAACGAGGCUCUCUAUUUCGAUCCUGUGUUCAGGGACACCGAGAAGGAGUUGAUUCGCCUGUUUGACGGCUGCGUGAUGAGCGAAGACAACGCGGGAAGAGACGAAGCGACGCUGCCUACGCUCUAUUAUUUGCCUCACUGCCCCUACGCGCUGAUGCACAACAUAUUGUGGUCCAAUUGGCAGCGAGACCACCUACCAAACGUUCUUCUCAUCUCGAACAGCUUCGAGAUGCUGACGAUGGCUCGAAGGAAUCAGGAGGACCACAUUACGCGGAUAGUCGAGUAUUGCAUAGAAACGCAGCUGGAAGACGAUUACGAGCACCAUAAUGUGUUCAAUGACCUUUCGUUGCAUACUUUCCCGCUCGACUCCCUGCCAUCCAGCGACGACGAACCUUUCUGGACACGAUCUGCUGCUCCCUUGAAGGUGAACGAGGAUGAGCUCAUCACUGAAGCCGACACAAAUUUUGCUGCGCUGAAGUUGUAAUUCUUUAUAUUAUAGUUUGCAUUUUUUAUUUUA